AGCAAGUCAGUGUGCGAGAGAGAGCGGGAUUGUUUAGAUCACAACCCCCGGCUCAGUUCAAUUCUGUCUACCUGCCUCGCUACACACACACACACACACACACACACACGUUGCCUAGCGCCGAACUCAACGCUUCCCAAACACUGCCUGAACACGGAAACGGACUCUUGAAUCUCCUAUAUAAUUCAGAAAGCAAUCCAAUCCUCUUAGUCUGGAAAAGAAAGAGGAUUUGAACUGACUACUGUUUCAUGUCAAGUUUAAAUGAUUGACUGAAUUUUCUCUGUGUGGAUUAUUACAACUUCAAAGGAAAAACAGGAAAGGAAAAGAGAGGAAAGAAGAAAACAAAAGGAAAGUGGUGUUUUCCUGCAAAUUUGAAUACUCUUCUCACGACAACAAAAGGAUUCCAGUUAAGGCGAUGAAUGGCAAGGCUCCUUCGCCCCCGCCAGCCUCCCCGCCCACCGCCAAGCACCCCUGCGCCGUCCACCCCACCCCGGCCAGCGACACAGAAGUUAGAGGGGACGCAGGGGGAGGCAGCAGCGGCGUCCGGGAUGAGGAGAAAGGGAAGCAGCAGGCGGGAGACGAGGAGGGAGCUGGUGACCCACAUCCAGAGGAUGUAGAGGAAGCCGGAUGUCUGGCGCGUGUGAGUGGCUGCCUCACUCUGGGUCUUGAGGACUUCUUCGAGCGGCACGGGCGUCGAGUGGCUUCCUCCCCGCGCCUGGUGGUGGUCUCCUGCCUGGCCCUCACCGCCCUCUGCUCAGCCGGCCUCCUCACCUUCACCAAAGAGAACAGGCCCUACAAGUUAUGGCUGCCCCAGGAAUCAGAGUUUAUCAAGGUGAUGGACUGGCAGGUGCACAACUUCCCCACGGACUACCGGCGCCACGUGGCGGUGUGGGAGGCAGACAAUGUCCUGAGGGCGGACGUGGUGAAGGAGAUGUGGCGCCUCCAUUCCCGCGUGUCCUCCCUCAUGGUGGGUCCUAACCACACCUCCUGGAGCGACCUGUGUGCCCGCGUGCCCACCAUGCCCGGCCUGGACGACGCCCUGCCAGACUAUGAUUACGAGGACUUCGACUAUGGGGUGCUGGGUGGAAAGCGGCGGCGGCGGCGGCGACGGCAAGCGUCAGCGGUGGUGACGGACAUGUCCCGGGAAGACCUGAGCCUCAGCCUGCCUCGCGAGCAGUACUGCGAUAGCCUGUCCACCCUGCCCAAGGUGUGUCUGGAGACGGGGCUACUGGAGGUGUGGGGCCACCGCGAGGAGGUCAUCAUGGCCCUCACGGACGAGCAGGUGGUGGCUGACCUCAACGCGGCGCACAUCAGCCAGGUGUUCGGCUACCAGAGCAACUUUACCCGCUACCUGGGCAGCGUGACCCACGACGCCGAGGGCCGUAUUGUGGGUGCCGGCGCCGCCCUGCAGGUGUGGGUGAGCGCGCUGGAUCGUGCUGCGGUAGGGGAUGGGGAGGCGGUGAUAGACCACGGCAGCGGCGAGCUGGUGGACGCGGUGGGGUACGCGUGGGAACAGACUUGGGUGGAAGCCGUGCUGAACACCUCGGCGCGCCUGCCCCAGGACAUGCGGGUGUUCGCGCAGGCCGCCAGCAGCUUCGGUACGGUAAGCGACGAAAACAUCUGGGGUGACGUGAAGUGGCUGGUGGUGGGCAUGGUGGCCAUGUCCAUCUUCGUGAACGGCACGCUGGGCCGCAGGAACCUGGUGCAGCAGCGGCCGCUCCUCGCCUUCAUGGGCAUGACGAGCGUGAUGCAAGCCGUGGGCAUCUCUUACGGCCUGUGCUCCUUGCUGGGGGUGCCCUACUGCACUGUCAACUCCAUCCUGCCCAUCCUGCUGCUGGGACUCGGCGUGGAUGACAUGUUCGUCAUCAUGGCGGCGUGGGAAGCGGGGGCGGGGAAGGACCUCAAGGAGCGCGCGGGGCACGCCAUGCGCCACGCCGGCGUUGCCAUCACCGUCACAUCUCUCACGGACGUGACAGCCUUCGCAGUGGGCGCCACCACGGCGCUGCCGGCACUGCGCUCCUUCUGUCUGUACGCCUCAAUGGGUAUCCUGGCGGUGUUCGUGAUGCAGUCCACCUUCUUCGUGGCGUGGCUGGUGAUGGACGAGCGGCGCCUGCAGCAGCACCGCAACGGUCUGAUGUGGUGCGUCACUCACAGGGACUGGAACCCCAACGCCUGCAGCCAGUGGGACCUCAUGCCCGCCGCCUUCAGGCAGUGGUGCCGCCUGCUGCUCAGCACGCCCUUCCGCGUGCUAGUGUUACUCUUCACGGGAUGCCUGGUGGCCUGCUCCGUGUGGGCCGCCACCAACCUCCACCGCGAGUUUGACCCCACCUGGUUCAUCCCCACCUCGUCCUACCUGCACAACACCUUCCGCGCCACCACGCGCCACUUCCCCGAGACGGGCCAGGAGGGAUACAUCUACUUCUCCAACGUGACGCUGCCCGAGGAACUGCCGGAGUUGAACCGCCUGGUGGACGCGCUGGUGGAGAGCCGCGUGGUGACGGAGGUGAACGCGUGGUUCACCACACUCAGGGAGUACAUGGCGCUGCAGUCCAAGUUUGACAACACCACACUCACCUACGCCAUCCUGCAGGACACCCUCUCGCUCUUCCUGCAGUCUUCCUCCGGCGCCUCCUACCGCCAGGACUUUGCCAUCGAUGGGGCGCUGGACUGCCGCCGCCCCGCCCCGCCCAUCAUCUCCUUCAGGAUCGGCAUCACGCACCGCCCCGCCACCUCCCCCGCGGCGCAGGAGGCGGCGCUACACACUAUCAGGACCCUGCUGGACGAGGUGCCUGUGGGUGGCUUCCGGGCGGCGUGGGCUCAGGCAUAUGGCGUGUGGGAGACCAAUGAGGUGGUGGGCGAGGAGUUGCUGCGUAACGUGCUAUCCGCGGGCGCCACGGUGGGCGUGGUGACGCUGGUGCUGCUGGCAUCCCUGCCUGCCGCUCUGCUGGUGCUGGGCGCUGUGAUCGCCACUGUAGCAGGCGUGGGCGGCACCAUGUGGGUGUGGGGCCUGACCAUCGACACCGUGUCCUGCAUCGCCAUCGUGCUCUCCAUCGGCCUCAGCGUGGACUACGCAGCGCACGUGGCUCACGCCUUCCUGGCGGCGCGGGAGGCCGGUAGCCGCAGGGCACGGGCACGGGAAGCUGUGCUGAAUGUAGGGGGCGCGGUGCUUCUGGGCGGGCUGUCCACCAUGCUGUCCUUCGUGGUGCUGGUGGCCUCCACCUCCCACGUGUUCAUCACCUUCUUCAAGGUGUUCAUGGCUGCCAGCGUGCUCGGCCUCUACUACGGCCUCGUUUUCCUUCCCGUCGUGCUGUCCUUCAUCGGCCCCAAGCCCUACCCCGCCCCGCCUCGCCCCGAGAAACUCCCUCCCCAACACUACUCCAACGACGCAUUCACCCCGGACGCGCCCCGCAGCCCUGCGUAGUACCUGCGCCGCGGGGCUCCGCUGCACAUGGGCCGGCCUCUUGGGGUGUCAGGACGAGGCUACGGGGGCGGAAACAGACAGACAGACAGACAGACACACACACACACACCACGGACAGGUGCCCCAGUGCCUCACCUGCCACCCUCCCCCCAUCCCGAUUCCUUCUCCUGUCACCUCGCGAACACCUCAACGGGCAUCGUACCCACACCAAACCCUGGCGGCCGUGGCGGGGCGCCGGCCACACACCCCACGCCCUCCACCACGAGUCUCUGAGCAUCUCGUCCCUGCAGGAGAGGACUGGCAGUUCAGCUGGUCACCAUGCUCCUGUCACACCACUGCGGAGAGGACCGAGAAUCCUUCCUUUGUACUUCCCCUGCACUGCGACGCCCUGCCAUGGCCACCUUUCCUGUAGCGCGGCUGUCAGCUUCAUGUGUAUGUUAUGUAGAUACUAGAUUGAUGUACUGUAUAUAAAGAGCGAGGCUGGCGUGUGAUACCUCCAUUGCUGCUGUGAACCCUCUCUCCUCCUCGCAGUUUUCCUCAUUACUCUUGUUUACCGUCCUAGUGAGUAAGUCAGCAAGUACAAAUAGUCAAUAAACUGCAAAAGUAGUCCGCUCA